ACAUCUGGCACGCCUGCAAGUCCUAGCACAUCUAGCACUCCUGCCACACCUGGAAGCCCAGGUACAUCUGGAAGUCCUGGCACAUCUAACAUUCCUGGCACAUCUGCAACUUCUGUUACUUCUGGCACGCCUGGAACUUCCGACACAUCAGAAAGUUCUACCACAUCAGAAAGUUCUACCACAUCAGAAAGUUCUACCACAU